AUGUCAGUGCAAAUAACCGGCACCUACAGCAUUCACCCCGGGGUUAACGCCGUUAACAGUGAUGAACCACGCAGUGUGCCACCAUUACGGCUGCGUAGAGUAGAUGUGAACGCUGCAUCACCACCACCGAGACCGGCGCGCGGUAUUGCACAACAAGAUGCGGCUGAAGUGAGCGGUGUACGGGUUGCUCCAGACAGUAAAUUCGACGAUAUGUCGCGUGCUCUACAAAAUAAAGUUCAAGACUGUACAUUGAACGUACACGGUCUUAGAUGGGGCGAUGGGUCUGUAUCGGCUGAAAAAAGUCUGCAGAUGCUUAAGGAACACACUGUGCAGGAAUCGCGUGUUUACUUAUACGCCGAAGAGCAUUACAAGUUGGUGUACCUGCAAAGGGUACUUAAUCAUCGCGUUUUCGACCUAGCAUGGUUCAACUGCCCCAACCCGAACGAAGUGUACGAUAGCCGCGACCAUUCGCACUUUACGGGUGAAUAUCGAGGAGCAGCUCAUAGUAAGUGCAACAUCAACUACAGAGACUUCAUGGCAUCAUCAUUGGACAACUUGGCUUCAUACUUAAAGCAACAACCAACUCUAAGAAAAGUUUUUGGCCAGGAUUACGAUGAUGCACAAAUCGAACUUCUCACGAAAAAAGGAGUGUUUCCAUACGAGUACAUCUCAUCGCUCGAGAAGCUCCAAGAGACAGCACUACCACCACCCGAACAGUUUUACAGCUCUCUUACGAACAGCGAUAUUUCUACCAAAGAUUACGAGCACGCAAAGGGAGUGUGGGACUUCUUCAAAAUUUCCAAUCUAAGUGAAUAUUCGGAUCUUUACCUCAAAACGGAUUUGAUAUUACUCGUAGAAGUCUUUGAGAACUUUCGGAAAACGUGUCACGAGGCUUAUGAAUUAGAUCCAGCACAAAAUUAUACAUUACCGGGCUAUUCUUGGGAUGCAAUGCUCUUGUACACCCAAGUCGAGCUAGAAUUACUCACAGACGUAGACAUGUUGCUAUUUGUCGAGAAAGGAAUUCGCGGUGGGGUCUCGCAAUGGUGUAGCAGGUGCAGUGAGGCUAACAACAGGUACAUGGGCGAGGAUUACAAUCCUGAGAAAGAGGACGUAUACCUGAUGUACUACGAUAUAAAUAACUUGUACGGUUGGGCAAUGGCUCAGUAUCUGCCAUACGGAGGCUUUGAAUGGUCCGAUGCCAAAGAUUAUCUCACAUUGCCCGAAGAUUCCGAGUACGGAUACAUCCGCAAGGUGAACCUGGAGUAUCCCGAAUCCCUACACGACUCGCACAAGGAUUUGACACUAUGUCCCGAGCACGCCUGCCCACCGGGCUCGAAACAGCGCAAACUCCUGACCACGCUGAAUCCCAAGCACAAGUACAUCAUUCACUACAGGAGUUUACAGCAGGCAGGACCCUGGCUCAAGUCUUAUAUCGACUUGAACACCGAGAAGAGAAAAAAUAGCAAAAAUGACUUUGAGAAACAACAAUACAAGCUCUGCAAUAACGCCAUAUUUGGAAAAACUAUUGAAAACGUCAGAAAAAGAAUUGAUGUCAAGCUCGUUUCAAGCUGGGAUGGACGUUACGGAGCAGAAGCUCAAAUUUCGAAGCCAAAUUUUCACAGCAGAGCAAUCUUCAACGAAAACCUGGUCGCAAUCCAGCUUUCAAAGACAGCAGUCACCAUUGAUAAACCCGUGUACGUUGGAUUCAGCAUAUUAGAUAUAUCAAAGACGCACCUCUAUCGCUUCCACUACGAUUUCAUGCGCGAUCGUUUUGGAAACAAUUGCAAAGUGUUGUACACGGACACUGAUAGCUUGGUGUACGAGAUAGGGGGGCAAAACGUAUACGAGGUUAUGAAGCAUAAGGAUAAUAUCAAUGAGUUUGAUACAUUUGACUACGAGAAAGACAAUCCAUUCGGAAUGCCAUUACUUCGGGAAAACUCCAAGAAGAUUGGACUUAUGAAGGAUGAACUUUGCGGAAAAAUACUACGACGGUUUUGCGGCCUGCGCAGUAAAAUGUACAGCGUCGAUAUUCAAAAUGGUGGUGUCAUCAAAAAGAUCAAAGACAUCAAGUCAUCGGUGGUAAAGAAUACCAUUACCUUUGACGACUACUUGCAGUGCUUGAGAGAGAAUACAAUCAUCUCGAGGGAGCAGCACAACAUUCGCUCGCGCCUCCACGUUCUGCGAUCCGAGAAGGAGAGGAAAAUUGCACUCAGUCCUCAUGAUGAUAAACGCUACCUAGUACCAGGGACCUUCAACACUCUGCCGUGGAGCCACAAAGACAUCGCUAGCGAGCCUCCAGCCAAGAAGCCAAAGUAUAAUUAA